AUGGCCGAGGAACUGCUUGAUCAAGUUCGGGACGUGGUGGAUGGCCAGAUUGAUUUUGAAGGACAGAAACUUGCCGAGCUUCUUGCUACCGUCCUGUUGUCUGCGGUCGGCGCCAUCUCCUUUAUCGUCGGAUUCAUCACACAGAAUAUUACGCUCGCACUCAAGAUUGGCCUCGCCGGCACAGCCCUAACCUUCCUCGUCGUUGUUCCGCCUUGGCCCUUCUUCAAUAAGCACCCGGUCAAAUGGCUGCCUGUUGGAGGUGGGAAUGCUGCACCACUUGCACAUCAAAACAUAGUCGUUGAUGAGAAAUCAUUUUCACGGAACUAG